AUGGGUUGUCUCUUUCAUUGCUUCCGUGCCAGAGACGAGCAAUCGCAAUCUGCGAGUGAUUCCGUCUCUCAUCCUUCUCGCGUCGAGUCCAAAAGAGGCCAUGACUCGAAGAAUCGUUUGUCAGCAUUGUUUCUUUCUGAAGAGAAAGCAGAUUCUUCGCCUUCUCAUGGCAGAGAGGUCUCUGAUUUGGAUUCUAUGCAUAUUGGCAAAGAUCUGAAGGAUAAGGUAUGUAAUGGGGCUACAUAUGUGCAUGUUGAUUCAACAACAAAUAAAAGAGACGAUAAGAGCAGCAUUCUUAUAGUUGAAGACAAUGGAGGUGGGAUGAAUCCAAGUAGGUUUAGAGAGUGCCUUUCUUUGGGGUAUUCAAGAAAACGCAAUAUGGCUAAUACAGUUGGUCAAUAUGGGAAUGGAUUCAAAACUAGUACAAUGAGGCUUGGUGCUGAUGCAAUUCACGACACAGAGUAUUGGUAUGCUGUCAUAUACUUAUCUUUACGAGACAAGAAAAUGCGAAGCCGUUGUCCCCACGGUACAAAAGAAUUCACUGAAAAACUGGAAACUCCUCAACGUGGAAAACAGUUUGGAUCUCCCCAGUCUCAUCCCUUGAUUUCCAGUAACUCUGAUGCUGUGUUUCACUUGGAUGAGAAAACAGAUGAACCCUGUGAAGAGGUUUCAGAGCAAACUCCUAGCAGUUGCUUAACCGAUGCGGUAAGUUGUGCAAGGAUCUCUGCUGGAUUCAGUGAUGCUGGUGAAGAAAGCCAAGAAAGCAUUGGUACUUCGUUCAGGGAUGGGGUGGAUAGAACCGGCAAGGUGUCACUCAAAGCUGGAAAGAUUACGAGAAAGACAAAGUCAGUGCGGUUUGAAUUGGAUAUUGAUCAACCUUACCCUUCUAGUUCUUCCAAGAAAAGCGCUUCAAGGAUACCUAAGAAGCCUAGCAAAAUAAAUAUCUCAGCAACCUCGCAUAAUCCGACGACACUGAAGCUAUGUGAUGAAAUUCAAACUCCUGUAACCAUUUUUCCUGCAAAUCUGGACCCAGAAGUAAGGGGAAGACCAAGAAUCAGGUCGCAGUUUGUGCAUUCAGCUUCCACUUUAACUGAAGAUUCCUCUAUAUGUAACAUUCCUGAAGAUUCAGAGGAGAGCGUAGAACAAGCUGAAGUGCAGGCUUGCAAAGCGAAUACAGAAACUGAAUCUCCCACAUCAGAAACUUUGGAAGAGAGUUCAGAUGAGAAAUACGAGAUAGGUGAAACUAGUAUUUCUCCUAGAGUGAAGCAGAGCAAAGAGAUCAGUAACACAAAGAUGGAAGCUUUAUCCACCAUAACUCAUGGGGACAGGCCUAUCAUAGGAAUGGUUGCUGCUCACUGGAAUGAGGAAGAGCAAUCUCAAAUCUCACCCAAAUGGUGGGAUGGUAAUGGAAUACCAAACUCAACAAACAAGUACAAAGAGGACCAGAAAGUGAAUUGGCACGCAACAAGUUUCGAGGAGAGAUUAGAGAAAGCCCUCUCAGAAGAAAGUAGUCAAGGUUUUGUCCCUCCAAGGAAACUUAGAGUAAUGGAAGAAGCUGAAAGGGACACAGCUAUAUCGCAGAUGCAUCAUUCAGCGCAAUCCAAAUCAAUCGUUUCCUUUUGA